CACAUACCUGAUGAAACUGGCAACAAACGUAUUCCAAUCAGAUCCUGCCGUCCACGUGUGGUCCCGCGUUGCAUCCGUAGAACCCACGGAAGCAGCCACGUUGUUUCGUACGCAUACUCCACAAACCUACAUUGUCUCGUACUCCGGUGGCCAUCAAUUCGACGAUCAAUUCGUCGGAGAUCCAAGAUUGUCUUCGCAUCCCUGUACAACUUUGAUCAGCUCGUCGGGGAUCAAAAGUCCAGCACCAAAAUGCUGCCAGGAGAACACCAAUCCAAGCCCGAAGCUGCGGUCAAGGAAAAUCAAGGAAUUUUGAGAAGAAUCUGCGAUCCGAAAGUUUAAUUGAGUGAAAAAGCUAAUAUUAUUGUGAAAUUUUGUGCGUCUGAAUAAAAAAAAUAAA